ACCUUUACCAUUACACAUAUAGUUCUGUUCCAAAAUGUAAAAAAAAAAAAUACCAUCAUACAUGUGUACCAUGUUUUAUGGUAAAAUGCUGCCUGCCCAUGUAAUGGAUACUGAUUUAGAAGAUGAGGUGUUUUGGGAGGGUGACACAGAUAUACUAAAUAACACCCCUGAUGAAGGGACUCAAUACACAGAGAUUCGACCGAGACUGACGAAUCAGAGCAGCAACACAAAGCCAUUACUUAUACUGGGCCUAGUGUUCUUGUCCUCCAUAGUCUGUCUGGGACUUGUUUACCUCAGCUUUCCUAAUCUAGAACAAGAAGAAAAGGAACACAUAAAGCUUCCCAGGAAUAUAGAAGAUGCAAAGAAUUUAGGAAAAGUUUUAUCACGAUAUAAGGACUCCCAUUAUAACCAAGUUUUAGGGGGCUACUUCAUAACAUAUAUAUUCUUGCAAUCUUUUGCCAUACCUGGGUCAAUAUUCCUCAGUAUUCUCUCUGGAUUUCUAUUUCCAUUCCAAUUAGCUCUGUUUCUUGUUUGCUUGUGCUCAGGGAUUGGUGCUUCUUUCUGUUAUCUGAUGUCUUAUCUAGUUGGGAGAAGACUGGUGGCUAAAUACAUCCCGGACAGAAUAGCAGAGUGGCAAGCUCAUGUGGAUAAACACCGAGACCACCUGCUGAACUACAUUAUAUUUCUGAGGAUCACACCAUUCCUUCCUAACUGGUUUAUCAACAUAGCCUCACCAGUGAUUAAUGUACCAAUUCUACCAUUCUUUGUGGGGACUUUUCUGGGUGUGGCUCCCCCCUCGUUUGUGGCCAUUCAGGCGGGGACCACUCUCCACCAGCUGACCUCCUCUGGGGACGCCGUGUCCUGGACCUCUGUCUGUGUACUGGGGCUGUUCGCUCUCCUAUCAUUGGUGCCCGUUCUUCUGAAGAAAAAACUCCAGGAAAAAUUUGAUUGAUGAAAGUAGAACCUUAGAUCUCUCAUCGCUUAUCUCAGUGUAAACAUUGACUUUGUUUAUUUUAUUUUUAUUUAUUUGAGUAAAUACAUGUAUAUAUUCUGGGGAUGUCAACUUCACUCGAAGAUAAGUCUAGUCAAAUAUUUGGGGGCUUUAUUUGAAUGAUGGUCAAGUAUUCACUAAAUUAAUUUUCUUCUGUCAGUUUGACAUUUUUUUUUUUUUAGACUGCUUGUUUUGUUGUUCACUCCGUACAUGUAAUUUAAACCAAGCUACUGUCACUUACAAUGUAUUUCUCAAUACAGGUAUGAAACAUUAUUUACAUAUUCUGCAGUUAGCUUACUAGAAAUACUUGUACUAUACACAUACCGGUAUUUAGAUUCAAUUCAUUUUUACUGCAUAUUUUAUCCCAAUAUACUUCAUUUAAAAAAUAUGACUUCUCAAUUUUUUUUAAUGCUUAUGCAUGUUUAUCAAACAUCUUGAGCCAUUAACUGUUAGCUAAUUCCAGCUAAGGAC